AGGCAUGAGCCACUCCACCUGGCCUCAACCCUUCUUUAGCUCCUAAGUGGGCUCUUUGCCUGGAUCUAGAAACCAAAUUAACAACAGGCAGAUUAGCAAGAGAAACGCACACAAAUGUUACCAGUUUUACAUGCGCAUGGGGAUCUUUACCAGAGCGAAGCAUGCAAAGUACCCAGCACAGAGAAGGGCGUAACCUGCGGCAGCCUUGGAUUGUCUGCGCCUGCGCGGUGGGCGCUGAGUACGUAGAAAGCGGCGCGGCAGACGCUGCCCGAGUCGCCUGGCAACGAAGUCGCCUGGCAACUGAACAGGUUGGCCGCGGGCGCGCGCUAUUGCAAGCAGAAACGGCUGCGGAAGCAGUGAGUGGUUUCCGCAGAGCUUUGUUUGGAGAGGCCUCUAUAGUUGGGGAAAGAUGGCCCAAUCUGGAAACUCCAUGGAACUUUCCACUAACAUCAAUGCUGCCCAAGUUACCACUGCCUAUGGCCAUCGGGCACUACCUAAGCUGAAUGAGGAGCUGCAGUCAGAGGACCUCCAGACGAGGCAGAAAGCCCUCAUGGCCCUGUGUGACCUCAUGCAUGACCCUGAGCAUAUCUACAAGGCCAUGAACAUAGGUUGCAUGGAGAACUUGAAAGCUUUGCUGAAAGAUAGAAACAGCAUGGUGCGGAUAAAGACCACCGAGGUGCUCCACGUCGUGGCGAGCCACAGCGUGGGCAGAUUCGCCUUUCUGGAGCACGACAUCGUCCGUGCCCUGUCCUUCCUGCUGAAUGACCCUAGCCCAGUCUGCCGGAGGAACCUGUACAAGGCAUACAUGCAGCUGGUCCAGGUGCCUAGAGGGGCUGAAGAGAUCAUCAGCAAAGGUCUGAUCUUCCCGCUGGUACGGAAGCUGCAGGGGGAAGCGGAGGAGGAGUUCCAGGAGCUCAUCCUAGACACUCUGGUCCUCUGCCUGCGGGAAGAUGCCACCGAGGCGCUGAACAGCAACGUGGUGCCCAUCCUGAAGCAGAAGCUCAUCAGCACCAAUGAGAACAUCCGAAGCAAGGCUGCCCGUGCGCUCCUUAAUGUCAGCAUAUCUCGUGUGGGCAAGAAACAGGUGUGUCAGUUUGACGUCAUCCCCAUCCUGGUGCAUUUACUGAAAGACCCGGUGGAGCAUGUGAGGUCUAACGCUGCUGGGGCCUUGAUGUUCGCCACGGUGAUCACUGAAGGGAAGUAUGCGGCCCUGGAGGCAGAAGCCAUUGGCCCGCUUCUGGAGCUGCUGCACUCCCCCAUGACCGUAGCGCGCCUGAAUGCCACCAAGGCCCUCACCAUGCUGGCGGAGGCUCCCGAGGGCCGCAAGGUCCUGCAGGUGUACGUGCCCACCUUCCGUGCCAUGGAGGUGGAGCCUCACGAAAAGCCUCACAUGGCUGAAGCCUUACAGCGGGCGGCCCGGAUUGCUGUCAGUGUCAUCGAGUUCAAACCCUGAGCCCCUCAUCUGCCUCUGUGUGUGAAUAAAUGCACUCAUUCUCUUUA